GAGGACCGCCAGUCACCUCUGAGCUCGCGUCAGUGUGUGAUCUCCGCCCGGCGCUCUGUCCCGACCCGUCCCUCUGCCGGUGUGAUUGUGAGAACUCUUUGGCUUUGAAACUGUGACUGUGUAACGUGUAGCGUGUAGUAGGAACGGCACAAACAUGGCCCCUCAGGCCCCCGAACAGACCAAGGCGCCGGACCUCCUGGAGGAGGAGCAGCCGCAUCACCACCACAACCUAGAGGAGCGCGAAAUUCAUAUAGAUCUACGGAAAAUUUACGCCGACCUUCGUAACCUGGACUGGUCCAAGGUGGUGUGGCGGAACGUGACGCUAUUCGCCCUGCUGCACAUUUACAGCGUGUAUGGGCUGUACCUGGCGCUGUUCUCGGUGCAGUGGAAGACCAUCGCCUUUAGCGUGGUGCUGUACUUCAUGGCGGCGCUCGGCAUCACCAUGGGCGCGCACCGCCUGUGGUCGCACCGCUCGUUCAAGGCGUCGCUGCCCCUCCGCAUCGUGCUCGCCAUCUUCCAGACGAUCGCCUUCCAGAACGACAUCUACGAGUGGGCGCGCGACCACCGCGUCCACCACAAGUACAGCGAGACGGACGCCGACCCGCACAACGCCCGCCGCGGCUUCUUCUUCUCGCACAUGGGCUGGCUCAUGUACCGCAAGCACCCGAGCGUCAUCGCCCGCGGCAAGGGGCUCGACCUGUCCGACCUGCAGAAUGACAAGGUGGUCAUGUUCCAGCGCAAGUUCUACCUGCCGCUGGUGGUGACGGCGUGCUUCGUGCUGCCGACGGUGAUCCCCUGGUGGUACUGGGACGAGCACCUGGUCAACGCCCUCAUGGUGUCGGGCUUCCUGCGCUACACCAUCGUGCUGCACAUCACCUGGUUCGUGAACUCGCUGGCGCACUGGGUGGGCACCAAGCCCUACGACAAGAGCAUCUACCCGUCGCAGAACCCGAUGGUGGCCUACCUGGCGCUCGGCGAGGGCUGGCACAACUACCACCACGUCUUCCCCUGGGACUACCGCACGGCCGAGCUCGGGGGCCUCGUCAACUACAACAUCACCAGCCUCGUCAUCGACUUCUGCUACAAGAUCGGCCUCGCCUCCGACCUCAGGACCGUCACGCCCGCCAUGAUCGAGAGACGCAUCCAGAGGACGGGCGACGGCUCGUACGAGCCGCCCGUGGCCACGGCGAAGUGAACGCCCACACGCCCACUCGCCCGCCCCUGCAACAAACAAUGCACAACUGCACGCCCGUCGUCAGCCCUGCACCCUCCCUUUCACCACCCCCCCUCCCCGCCCCCGCCCAAGACAGCGCCGAAACAUGUACCCUUGGGAGUAUAGCCGUUUGUAACCGAGUAAUUUAGAAGUGGUAUUUCAAGUUUAUACUACACACAUAACACACACAUCUAUAUAUAUAUACCGUGUGGAAACAAGUGUUUAUAUUAGUUCUUUUGGUAUAUAACACAUAGCAACGAAAGUGCAACCUCUUUGUAAACAAGAUUAGUGCAGGUACACCAAGGCCUUACCUUUGGCAUCGCUGAAGAACGGAAAGAAAGAGCACUUUUUAGCAGGCCGAUUUUACCGUUUUGAUUCCUUGGCCGACGUUCAUUUCCCUUCUGUAUCCACCGGGCUACGCCACACGAGCAAAGUAGUAGUUCUAGGCCUUUUAUUGUAACCCGGAAUUAUUGGGUAUAUCGUUUGAUAUGUGUGUUGGUUAUAUAUACAAAUAUAUAUCUGUGAGUGAACCACCGCGAUGCUUUUUUUUGUGAGAAAUGCAACCAGAUUUUGUGAUGUGUCAAAUAAAUAUAUAGUUUUCUGUCUUACCACUAA